AGGAAGCAUUUGCUCUGCUCAAAUCAAAUGUGAAAUCCAACGAAACGUAGCAUCUGUGGCAAGGCACAGCCUACUAAAUACGAAGUUUGUGGUUUCGCACUUGAGAAAACUUAAACCCAUCUGUGUGUCCCAACUCGUCCGUCGGUCAACUCGAACGCCCACGCAGUACGGUUGUACCCUUCCGGGAACAACAAUCGGAUCACAACCGGGUGCACCCACCGGGUGGGGGCAGUGCGGGUACGGCAAUCUCGAAUGUCUCCCGGUGGUGCCAAACGGAAGCUCGACGUACGGCUCUUUCUAUGGGGUUUGUUUCUACUGCAAAUCUCACUGAUCUGUCUGUUUCUGCUGUUCGGUUCACUGCUCGUGUCGACCGCAAUCGAUACGGAGGAUGCUACCGAUGGUCGCGCACAAACAGCUGAGUUGCGACAGCAGGAACAGCAGCAGCCUUUCGAAGGUAAUGUACACCACCGAAUCGCUACAUCGUCGCUUGGCACCGUCUGGUCCCCGUUUGGUGUCCGGUUCAUCGCUAAUCGAACGGUGGGAUUGGCAACGGAUGGCCCACGCCAUGCUGCCGGGGUCGCACUCACCAAUGACGUUGUACUUGGUGCAGAAAACGAUAGUGAAAAUCAGCUGUUGAAGAACAAACUGCAACACCCGCGACAUCCCAAAUAUCAUCCAUGGAUUCAGCGCAACAUACCAAAGGCGGAAAGUGCAGAGAAAUAUUUUAGAACGAUUUCCUACACCGACUGGCAGGGGAUCCGAAAACGACGGUUGUGCUUCGUUGAAGGUACGCAAAGGAAGGCGUUGGUGACUUCUAAGGCUACUAGCAAGGCCGGCAACAAUGAGACUGAACAGAUAGAUACAGGAAUAAGAAGGCCGGAGUCAAUGGCGAGUGGCACCGGUGCAGUAACCAAAGCACAUGAGCUUAGCAAAAACAGCCCACCGGCAACGGAUGAUGUUUUGUCCGUCGAUGAUGAUGAUGGCAGCGCAGUAACGGUAGGAGACGACGGUACGGGGCGGUGUCGCUGCAAUCCUCAAUGGCACGGUACGGACUGUGGCCAGCCAGAGGUGAUUUGGCGAGCAUUUAUCACGUCCAAAAUUCCACCCCGUGAUCAGAUGGCAAUACCACGCCGAUACGCCCGAAAUCUUUUCUACAUCGUACAGAGUACCUUCAUCAGUGUGGAGGUACUCGAAAUUCAGCUGAUGGAGCUAGCCGAUCAAGUGGCACUCUUCGUGCUGUGUGAUCGACCGACGGGUGUGCCGGGUUCGGCAUCGUACGGUGCUUCCAUCGCGCACCAUGCUGAUGGAACGGAUUUCUUGCGUACGAUACGGAACCGAUUGCUGAUUGUGUCGGAUACGACAUGCAGUGGGAGAAAUAUGUUCCGAAAACUGCUUAAAUACACCACGAAAGAUGCAAUCCAUGCAGAUGAUAUUGUGCUGUUUAGUGGCACCGAUGAAAUUCUGAAUCGGAAAGCAGUGACAUACCUCCGCUGGUACGAUAAUUGGCCACAGCCGGUGCGGUUCCGUCUGAAGCACAAUGUGUACGGAUUCUUUUGGCAGCAUCCCGGGAACAGUACCGUGAUCGGGAGUGCGGCCGUGCAGGUGAGCACACUGCGUGAGGUGUACGGUUCCGAUCCUGAACGGUUGCUCGCAAUCGAAAUGCCGACCAUGCUGAUUGGUGAUCUUAAUCACUUUGGUGGUUGGUACUGCCGGCGAUGCUACCAACCGGGCUCGAUCGUACAGUACUACGAGCAUCGGGCUGCAUCUACAGGCGGAUCCACGAAGGAUGCCCUAUACCUACCGGACCCAAAGCGAACAACGGUCCUGAACGAGGAAUACGUUCAGCAGCUAAUAGCGACGGGUAAAGACCUAGAGGACGGUGAACGCUCCCUCGAGCGGCUUAGUCGCCGAACAGACAAGUACUACCAACCAGAGUAUGUGCGCGAAAACAGCUGGAAGUUUGAUAACAUUGUACUGAAUCUCUUUGCCCGCUGGGACGAUAACCUUGCGGACGAUGAUUACUUUAGCUAGGUUACACAAGCUAGAUCGAUAUUUGAUCUGUUUCCUUCGUCUGUGCGGGAAGGAGAUCGUACCUGAGAGAGAGAGAGAGAAAGAGAGCAAGGGUCCGUGUAAUGCGCACGAGACGGUGAAUAACACGAAUUCUUCCAUCCCCAUUUGAAGGCCAAUCACAAAACAUCACACAUAAUCAUAAUAUUCAACACGUGUAUGCACUAAGGCAACAUUGCAUCAUCAAUCGCAACUAGUCAAAAUAUUCGCACCGCUUCAAACAAACCGCUCAUAACUAUAAUAGGAAACAUUUAAACACGGAAAGCCAUCACGUCAUGUGGGUUUCGGAAGCCGCCGGUAUACGAAACGAUACAACACUCCAAUAGAAGCAUUAAUCAGUACGGCAUCAUCACUGAAUCC